CAAUCAUCCUGUUUGUGACCCAGACAGCAACUCUUGCCGUGGUGAAGCUGCACGUGACCGCCCCUUAGCGCGACUGUGUAAAGACAUUCGUGAGCGCAGCUACUAUUAAAUCGCACUCGUCGCCAGCUUUCUCUCGUUAUCUAACUCUACAUUCCAGCUGCUCUUCCAGCGAGCUCUUUUCAUUUUGUGCACGUCUCGAUUGUGGACGUCGCCGCGCUAGCUCGUUUCUUAGCGCGUUUUCUCGCAGCUCUGCGAAGCUGGGCCAGGGUUGCACCGACCUCACCCGUCCACAACCACGAUCCUUUCAACUCCAUCCGCGCCCGCGCGACCGCACACCGCGCAUACUCAGUCGAGUCGACAGUAAAGCGCGCGCGACGCCUCGCACACGGCCAACAUGUCUUUCGGCGGCGGCGGCGGCUUCGGUGGCUUCGGCUCCAACAACAACAACCAGUCCUCGGGCUUUGGUUUUGGUGCGACUAAUAACAACACCUCUGGUGGCGGCUUUGGUGCAGCGAACAACAAUGCCACAUCUGCCUUCGGUUCGAAACCGUUCGGCAGCUCCACAACGGGCGGCGGUCUCUUUGGCGGCGGCAGCGGCACAACAACAGGCUCGACGUUCGGUGGCUUUGGGUCAAACAACAACACCGCAUCGUCUGGGUUUGGCAGUGGUGCCACUACUGGGACGAGCUUGUUUGGUGGCGCAAGCAAGCCUGCAUUCGGUGCUGGCGCAGCAACCAACACCGGCGGCGGAAUGUUUGGCGGCGGAAGCACGGGCGGGUUUGGUGCCAACAACACCACAGGAGGUUUUGGUAGUGGCGCCGCCUCCGGUGGCUUUGGUGCAGCAGCAACUACCGCAAACAAUGGCACCGCGAGCACACCAUUCCAGGCUCACACCGAGAAGGAUGGAACAUCCGCGACGCAACAUUACCAGACCAUUACCUUCCAGCAACCUUACAUGAACUAUUCACUCGAGGAGCUAAGGCUAGCCGAUUACAACCAAGGACGCCGCUACGGCAAUUCGAACGGUCAAGGCGGUGCAUUUGGCCAGAACUCUACUUUUGGCGGGUUCGGCGCCAACACUAAUACCAACACCACAUCUGCGUUCGGCUCCAACACGAAUACUACCGGCAGCGGCGGUCUCUUUGGAGGCAACAACACGGCAAACACUACCGGUGGGUUUGGACAGUCUGCAGGAGGCUUCGGCGCGAACAACACUGCGAACACUGGUGGUGGCCUCUUCGGCGGCGCGAAGCCAGCGACUGGCGGUCUGUUCGGAGGAUCAAACACAACCACUACAGGCGCCACUGGCGGCGGCCUUUUCGGUGGCGGUUCGACAACAAACACAACUGGAGGUUUCGGUAGCGGAGGCGGUUUCGGUGCAAACAACAACAACACUGGAGGCGGUCUUUUCGGCAACAACAAUAAUGCAGCAAAGCCUGCAUUCGGCGCCGCAGCACCGAACACUUCCACUGGCUUUGGCGGCGCCACCAACUCAGGCUUUGGACAAACCAACACCGGCGGAGGACUUUUUGGUCAAAACAACCAGGCCAGCGCUGCACCUGCCUUCGGUGCUGCCCAGCCGACCGCGAACUCAGGUGGUGGCCUGUUUGGUAACACCGGCGGCGCAUUCGGCCAGAACAACACCGCUCAAGCACCAGCAUCCGGCGGACUCUUCGGUGGCGGUGGUGGUGCUUUUGGUCAGAACAACCAGGCCAAGCCCGCAACAGGUGGUCUGUUCGGAGGCGGAUCCACAGCAACCAACACUGGGGGUGGUCUCUUCGGUGGCGGUGCGUCUACGGCGGCUCCAGCAACCGGAGGCCUGUUUGGAGGCUCAACCACAAACAACAACACUGGCGGUGGACUCUUUGGAGGCGCCAAGCCAGCGGCCCCAGGUGGAGGUCUGUUUGGUGGUGGUAACACCCAAAACACAGGAGCUGCGGCUGGAGGCGGCCUGUUUGGCAACCUUGGCGGGCAACAGAACCAGACCAACGCUGGCUCCAGCCUCUUUGGUGGACAGAAUAACCAGCCAAAGCCCGGCGGUCUCUUUGGCAAUUCCACCACAAACAACAAUGCUGGUGGCAGUCUCUUUGGCGGCUUGGGCUCGAGUACCCAGCAGAACAACAACAUGGGUGGCUCUCUGUUUGGCGGUGGCCAGAAUCAGCAGCAGAACCAGCAACAAAACGGCAACAGCUUGUUCGGUGCAUCUGGAAGCUCCUUGUUGAACACCUCGUUGAACACCAACCCGUACGGAAACGAUGGGCUUUUCUCCGGUCUUGCUACCCCCACUCAAAGCCCUGGCCCUAUUGCCACGCCCCUCUCCAGCAGCCAGAAGAACAAGAAAAGCGCCAUUCUGCCUCAGCACAAGCUCAAUCCUGCCGCAUCCACUCGUCUCCUUACGCCUCAGGCUAAGCGCACUGGCGGAUACGGAUUCACGUACUCUACUUACGGUAGCCCGGCUAGUGGUCAAGCUACGCCCAACCUCGGUGGCAGCCUGUUCGGCGGAGGCAGUCUAACGCGCUCACUUGGACACAGGACCAGUACCUCCAUGAGUAACCUGCGCAACAGCUUCACCCCUGAGACCAGCAUCUUGGCUCCAGGUGCUUUCUCUACCACCGGUCGCUCGUUUGGCAACGGAAGCCUCAAGAAGCUGAAUGUCAAUCGCUCCAUCAACACCCGCAUCCCACUCUUCGACGAGCCGUCACACAAGCGCGUGAGCUUUGCUGGUGGCGACGGCGAUACAUUGAACGGCAGCACAAACGGAGAGACCGCUCUCGUGGUACGCAGGGAUGACGAUGAACUUUCUCCUGGUUCUAUGAAUGGCGAUGCUAGCCCUGAGCCAUCGCGCCCCGCCAUGCAGCAAGUCAACGGCAACGAGCUUGCGCGUGUCGCCGAGAACGACCCCGCCCUGACACCAAAGUCGUCCUCUGCGGUCAACGCUCAGCUUGGAGAUGACCCUGAGCCGGGAGAGUACUGGUCCCAGCCGUCCUUGCAACAGCUGAAGAAAUUGAGCAAGCAGGAGCUCAAGAGUGUACGCAGCUUUGUUGUUGGUCGCCACAACAUUGGCCAGAUUGAAUUCCACCAAGGCGCGCCUGUCGACCUUUCAGAGACCAACCUUGACAAGCUCUUUGGUGACAUUGUGCAGCUCAACCACCGCAAUGCCACGGUCUACGGUGAGAACUGCACUUGUCUGCCAAAGCCACCAAUGGGCACCGCGCUAAACCACCCAUCGCGUGUCACUCUCCUCAACUCGUGGCCUCGCAACAAGGCCGGCAAGAAGGAUGCGAAGCAUUUGGAGCGCCUAAAGCGUGUUGCCGGUACGACUUUCGAGAGCUACAAUGCCGGUAAUGGUGGUUGGAUCUUCACCGUGCCUCACUUCUCUUCUUACGGCCUCGACUACGAGAAUGAUUACAGCGACAACGAGGAGGAAGAGUCGAGUGAGCUGAGCCCCGUGCCCGACACGCCUGCCCACACUUUACUCAACACAAGCCAGAUGACCAGCACACCCCAGCAGGACUCGCUUAUUAGCCCCGAUGGGUCCAGCCCCGACGACACCUUCGACUUCAAGAGGGGCAUGCGCGCCCGCGCGAGCGUCCCCGGAGGCUUCGGCAGCGAUCCCGCGUACGAAGAGUACGACGACGACGAGUCUCGCGACGAGUCUUUUUUAGGGGAGCGCUCCGUGGGUUCGCCUGAUAGCCAGCAAGAAGCUGACUACUAUGAGAGCGAAUCCGAAUUGGACCAAGACCAGAGCAUGGCGGAUUCUGUGUCCGGACCUAUUCACACCACGGAGCCAGCAACCGCUACAGAACCAGAUCCAUUCAGGAGCACACUCAAGGCGCCAAAGUCAAUUCUAAAGGCCAGCCAGGUCUUCAGGCCUAACUUUGGCACGCCCUCGAAGGGACAAGCCAACUUUGACGACGACUGGGCGGAUCAACUUCAACGCACCAUCAGUCCGAGAAAGCAAGACCGGGCUGCUUUGCGUGAAUCCCCGAGUUACGAUACGAGUCCCACCCUUGCAGCACAAUCGAUCAACGUGCGUCCCUUUGCGACACAUAUGGACUUGAUGAACUCGCUCUUCGGCGAGACGGAGGAGGUUCAAGAGCCGCUUCCAAAGCGACAUGGACAAGGCAUCGAGUUACCCUAUUCGAAACGACCCAAGCCUUCCCUUGAUCUCGACGACAUGACCGACGCCGACAAAGACUAUCACAACUGUAGCAAGCCCCGCUUCAGCGAAACCGGCGUUCUGGUUUAUGGCAACAAAGGCACCAAGACCCUCGAAAGCGGCUCCUUUUCUACUGCUCAGCAACCACUCGCAGGUGCCACCAAGGACGUCCGUUUCAUGAAGAUGCCCACCUUUGACGAUGCUUCGCCCGAGACGUUGAGCGUGCAGAAGCAGCAGACCAAGAUCUCCACUGCCAAUGGCAUACCUUUUGCCACAAUUAUCACCGAGCCUGCACCAAUUGAAUUCUCCAGUUUGGCAAAGGCUGUUGCUGUCGACACUUCCGCGGGCGCUCAGGAACAGCAUGCAUGGCAACUGCUCUCGCUUCUGUUUGAUGGUGCUGACAGGAUCAAAAUGCCAGCUGACGUCGACCCUGAAGACAUCGAACGUUACAGGAAAGAGAGGCUGUCUGACUUCUGGAAAGCUUUGGUCUAUAGCGACGCGCAAAAACAUGCCCAAGAAGCAGCGACUUCUGAAGAGCGUGCAAUUGCCCACCUGAGUUGCAACAAUGUCGCCGAAGCUUGCCAUGCUCUGCUUGAAGGCUUGGACCUACGGCUUGCUACCAUGGUCGCACAGAUAGGGGGCGAUGCGGACAUGCGUCACACCAUGACCACUCAGAUCGAAGAGUGGCGACGCCUGGACAUGCUGGCUGAAAUGGAGGACGCACAUCGCGCUCUGUAUGAGCUCCUGUCUGGUAACUGCGCGCAGGCAGAUGGCAAGCAAGGAAACGGUCGUGAGAAUCGGGCUGUCACAUUCAACAUCUCAAGCAGAUUCGCUCUCGACUGGCGUCGUGCGUUCGGCCUCCGUCUGUGGUACGGCACGCUUGUUGACGAGCCUAUCGAGCUAGCUGUGGCACAGUUUGCGGAUGCUAUCAGGGACGGGCUUGAGGACGUAAAGCCUGUGCCUUGGUUCGUCCGCGACAACACUGACAUGGGCUGGGCUGAUCCAGAUGCGGCCAACCGUGAGGACCUGCUUUGGGGCAUACUCAAGCUCUAUGCUGCGACCAAGCUGGACAUCCCAGCGAACGUAGAAGACGUCCUGGCACCAGAGAACGUCUCUGGCAAUCCUUUCAACGCGCGCUUGUCGUUCCAGCUCUUCCAGCUCCUCCAUUCUCGUCACCGAGACGAGAUCGAAGAGCCUGAGCGUAAGGUCGGCAUGCCCACGUUCCGUGGCGAUAGUGAGGGCGACUUCCGUCGAUCGUUCAUGUCAUCGACGGCCACCGUUACCAACAAAGACACGCAAGGUGCUGAUCCUCUGGUUGAGCUUGGCGAUAAAAUCACUCUGACCUUCGCCUCAUCGCUCCAUACACCCGAGCAUUGGACCACGGCUGUAUGGGCAUACAUCCACCUAUCGUCAGCAGCCAUGCGUGAGCACCACAUUCGAUCAUUGAUCAGCCAGUUCGCAAAAUCAUUUACACUCACCGACUCUGACUCCACAUACCGCUACCUGACAAACGAAUUACACAUUCCCGCAACCUGGCUCCACGCUGCUGCCGCAUUGCAAGCCAAGACCGAGGGCGAUGCCGUCCAGGAAGCCAUGCACCUGAUCAAGGCUGAUGAGCUGCAAGAGGCCCAUGAAGUACUUUGCCGCAAGGUUGGCCCCGAUGCCAUUAUCUCGCGUGACUAUGAGCCGUUGCGGGAACUUAUGAUUGGAUUCGUUCCCGAGGAGACAGACAAUCUUUCGAACGACGAUGCGUCCCUUGCUUCUUCCCGACGCGGUGCGUUUGGUCGUGGGCCGGAGGGCGUUGCUGGCUGGGCGCAAGGUGGCCAGGUCUACCUAGACUACAUCGAGCUCCUUGAUCACACCGGUCGCCGCUCGACCUAUCGCGUCGACGAAGAGCUCGAACAAGAGAUUCAGCAUCUGCUCUCUAAGCUGCAGAGAGCUCUUGAGAUUGCUGCCCACGACCGUCUGGACUCUUGUGGCCUCGAGGAGCGUGUCGCGCUGAUGGAGAUCGCGGGCACCGUCGCUAACCUCGUCGCAAAGAGCAAGACGCUCAAUCGUUCCCGAAUUCUCAAGCUCCCGCUUACAGAAGACUUGUGGCUCAAGCACUCGUGCGACCUCAGCACGAGCUACUAUCGCAACCUCAUGGCAGACAGCAGGUAGAGUCUCCUGACUGCUUAGGCAUUGUCGAUUGUCGUAGGAAAGGGUUAGAAGUUUAGUUCUUCGAAGUGCAAGAGAGGAUGGCGGAGGGUACGCAGAGUACAGACAUGGUUAGGUUAUUCGAUAAUUGGAGUUGGCAAAAGCGAUAAAGGGAACAGGUGUAUAGUAAGAAUUUGUACAAAGACCGAUAGUCUGUUCAUCCUUGUUCCGUGUUUGCAAGUACAUCGCGACGAUCGUAACGACCGUUUCAAUAUCCUUUUUUGAGCCAACGCCCAAGCAUAGAAGCGAACAUGAAUGUAGUGCAGAACCAACAGCGUUCUAGCAAGCUCGUCCGGCUACGUUGAAAUAUCGUGAUCUGUGUGCACAUAUGGUGACGUCUGAAACAUGUUGGCUAGAAUUGAGUAAAUACCUUUCAAAGACGGUGAACUGCGCGUGUCACAGGAUAGUCUAAGAGGAGAUGCAUGGUAAGAGUGGAUUGGCUG